AUGAGUGGUGAGAGGGACUCGCUGGAGGCCCUGAGCCCAGGGGAGGACGAGGCUGCCGCCGCCCGCCCCCAGUGCUGCCUCCCCGUGGCGCCCCUGCAGCUGGGACAGCUGAAGCUGCUGCCCGAGAGCCAGCUCCAGGAGGAGCCAAGGCCCAGCAGGUGGGAGCGGAACCCUGGCGCUUGGGCUCCCACGGCGCCCAGGGACACUGCUCACACGCUUACCGCCUGUCGCCAGGUGAGCUGCCGCCUCGAGCAGCAGCAGGUGGGCAGGACAGGACUGGCCAGCCCAAAGGGGCCGCGAGCCCUGUGUGCGGCCGGCUCCCCAGAGCCCGCGGCCCGGGGCUGCAGCAGCAGUGGGACCAGGAGGGCGCCUGGUGGCCGCUUCGUGAUCGGAGCUUGGCGGGGCGCCGAGGCGGGCCACAUCGCUGAGGAUGGCCAGAGGCGCGUGCUGAGCCACACGCCCUCCCCGCCCGACCACGAUCCACGCUCUAGACAGACCCACCUCAGUCCCGGCGACGGACGCUGCCCCCUCGAACGAGCCUCCGCGUGGGAGAGCGGGCUGGCGGCCUGUGGACCGCGGGGCCGCACGGACCUGAGGGGUGAGGAUGAUCCUGGUGCACGGGACGGGGCUGCGGGCAGCUCCCAGCACGGCUAUCGGCUCCCGUGGCUAAGAAACAGCUUUAAAAACCCAGCUGCAGAGGCCAGUCUGUCGGCACAGCUGCCGUGCCGCAGUCAGCCGGACUCGAUCAGGGCCGGGCCCCGGCACUCGGCAGACAGCAGGCCACAGCCGUGGGGUCAGGGCGCCCGGUCGCUUCUUGUGACCGGGGGGGCCUUUCAGGUAAAAAAAUUUAAGAACCUGCCCCCACCCCCGUUUCCUGCUCAGUGGGAGAGCAAGGCCACCCCCAGCCCAGCCACGGGCCGAUCUCAGCAGCUGCCUGCGGCCCAGGCACGUCUGGCCGUCAGGGGGCCUGGCUACCGGGACUAA